AUGGGAAUGUUGUAUUACAGCAUGGCUGCCUUAAAUGGCAACCUUGCCGAGCAACUGCAGAAUCAACUCUCCUACACAAGUCUGCAGAAUGGUGUCGAUUUGAAGCCGUUCGCCCCGUCACCAUCAUAUAAACGGAUGGCACAACGGCGAAAAGUACCCGAAGGUGAAUUAUGCGCCGUGUGUUCCGAUCUCGCAACUGGUUAUCAUUACGGUGUAGCGAGUUGUAAUGGAUGCAAGACGUUCUUCCGAAGGACGAUAGUUAGCGAGCAAACGUUCAUCUGCCAGUACAAUGGAAACUGUGACGUCAAUAAAAAUAUACGAUGUGCAUGCCGACAUUGCCGUUUCAACAAAUGCCUGGCCGUGGGCAUGGACGCGAAAGCUAUUCAAAACGAUCGAGAUCGCAUCGGUCCGACAAAGAAGGCAAAAUUGAGUAGUGGGUCAGAUGAGGAUCAAGCGGUCACCCCCCACCGGAUGCAAGACCAGGAGAUCGUGGAGCACCUAACACAAGUGGAAGGACUAUGCCAAGAAUUACGACGUUGUGUGAUGCGUGAUGUGUCCACGGUUCAGCAAGCUUUAUCUUCCCCGUGCCUUCUGUUCGAGACACCCGAACUUACGAUAGAUCCCAGUACGGUAUUCAAAGAAUUGUAUCCGGCUUCGAUGAACGAUAUACGUAUGUGGAACAUUCGAGAAAUGAGGAUAUGCAUUGAAUGGGGCAAGACGUUCGACGCCUACCAACGACUUUCACAUUACGAUCAAUUUGCAUUGGUCCGCAAUUUUGCGUUCGCAUUCAAUCUUCUCAAUCGAGUAUUCUAUUCACCUGAUCAUGGCCCCGAUAAAAUUGUGUUUCAAAACGGCGCCUUCAUUAUGCGGCAACCACAACAACAGGUACAAUUAUCCGGUUGUCGCCCGAUUUACACACGGCAGAUGGACGAGAUAAUGUUGCCAUUUCGGCGGCUUCAACUAUCGGUAUCCGAGUUCGCCACAUUCAAGGCGGCAUUGUUUUUCAAUCCCGACGCGCUCGAUUUAUCGAGUCAAGCUAAACCGCACGUGUAUGAGGAGAGAAAUAGGUAUCUCAGUGCAUUAUUCACAUGUAUCACAAAUAAGCUCGGCAUGGCGGCCGGUGUACAGAAAUAUGGCAGCCUUCUGAUGAUGACAGCUAGUAUACAGAAUAUCCUGGCUCAGAAUGAGGAGAACAUGCAAGUGAUGGAAUUGUUCAAAAAUUGGGAGGUGGAUCCGUUUGUGAAGGAACUCUGCAUGAAACGGGCGUGA